CGACCGCCAGGAGAGGCGCAUGAGGGACUAUUGAGCUUACUCGUUCUUGAACCAUCCUGUUAUGUACAACUGUCCUAAGAGAUCUCUUUCUGGGAGCUAGUUAGGAAAGGCCUUGCUGUAGGUGACAUGUGGGAUGUGGGAGGUGUGGCUGUGGGCCGCCCUCUGUUCAGGACUAGUACUCUCGGCCCCCCACCUCGGGGAGAGCACGGAGCUAGCCUGGUUGCUAGUCCACGAGUCUCCCCAGCAAUCUCCGCUCGUUUUACGCAGAAUCACGCCCAAAAGCGUCUUCCUCGCACCGACGUUCACUUCUUGCUCAGAAGGAUACAGGCAAGACAGUAUGGGCCGCUGCGUCAAGGUGGUUAAGCUCAACCAGCAGGCUCAGUGGGAUUUCUUUCUACAGAAGCUUAAUUCCAUGUACGCUGCGCCUGCGGAGCCGCCUAAGAAGGAUGCUUCGACUUCUCUCAGGUUCCCUAUCCCUAUUGAUGAAGAUCCUGCUUCCACUACGACCACAACGCCGGAGCCUACCACGGCCGCAACUACCGAGGAACCGACAGAGACACAGUUCCUAAUAGUGGUCGCUAAUACAACAAUGCCGAUGGAAACAACAGCCGAAACAACCACCACAGAAGGAGUGACGACUUCGACGCAAGUGACCGAAGAGACCCUUCCCGUGUCGACGAUGAGGACUACCCUAGCCAUGGAGAGCACGACCACGACGACAGGAGGCUCGACAGGAGUGGAGACCUCUACCUUGCCGACGAGCAUGAAAUGUGAAGACUGCGAGGAGGCAGGCGAGACAGUGGUGACUGAGAGCUAUGCUCCACCAAAGAACACAGUUCGGUUCCCUGAAUUCCCUGAUCCGAGGAAACGACCAUCUUCCUCCUCCUCCUCCUACGUCAGGUUCCCGGAGACCUACCCUUCCUCAGUGGUAUCUUCCUAUUGGUGGCCUCAUUCUUGGGACAGGUCCCAGGUCGUCUGGCAAACGCCACCCCACCACAACAGGCCCUCUUCUUACCGACCGCAUUGGUCCACUCCCUUCUAACCUCUUUUAUAUUUUAUUAUUUAUGUUUCAAUACUUUUUAUUAAAUCCUAAACUCUAACAGAAACGAUUUUAUUUUUAAUGUCACUUGAAAUUCUUAAAAAUGUUUUAUAGUUUAAUUGAAUUUUAAAUCAUGUCCGUUAUUUAUUGUGGUUUUAAUUGAGACAUUUGUUUUAAAUUACAACUAUUACGGGUCAGUGUUGUGGUGCUUUGUUUUCACGUUUAUUAACACAUUAAAUACAUAAUUUAUAAAAGUGCUGAAUGCUGCCAAAGGUCGAACUUUAGAUGGGAGUAUUUGUUUAUAUUGUUAUUGUAAACAGAGUAUUAUUGUGUAGUUAUUUAUAUGUAGUGUUUUUUGUAAAUAGAAAUAUCUCUAUCUAUUAUAAAUACGUAAGUGAUCUGUCAUGCACUUAUUUUUAUUUCAUGUUGUGUAAAUGUGAAUUAAAUCUCUAAUAAAUGAAAAUUUGUAAAUAGUUAAUACGAGACAACCUGUCAUACCAUAAAAUAAAAUGCUGCAAUAGGAAGAAAUCUGUGUUCCCUCUGAUAUAUUUAUAAUAUUCAGUAUGAUAUCUAACUAUUAGGAUUUAAAACUUAAUAUAAUCUGUGUACCCACUAUUGUAUUAUAAUAUUGUAUAAUAAAUGUUAUUACUAUUAAUGAAUCGAGGGGUAAAUAAUGUUAUUACUUUCAUAAUAUAACUAAUUAAUUUUUAUCAGGUCUACCUUUCACUCAAGAAUAUUCAAUUCUAGUCAAUUUAAUAAUUUCUUAAGUUUUCUUGAUGAAAAUAGUUUUAUAAAUGAAACUGAAAAUAUUUGUUACUGAUAUAUGAUAUAUGAUAUAAUGUAUUCAAGUAGAAUCAUUUAUUAGAUUAGUUUCUAUGUUAAGGAAAAACUUGACUAUUUCACAAAAUUAAUAAAACUAUUUUCAUUCGCAUUCACUGAAGUAGUUUAAAAUAAUAAUAUAUCCGAGGGAAAACAAAUCAUUGGUUUAAGCCUAAAUUAAAUUAAUGUUUAUACUUAAAAAUUAAGUGGAGCUCUCUUCACUAAAAUAUACAUCAACUAAAAAGUUCUUAACCAAUAAAUACUUUUUUGAUGUAUAGUAUUAAAAUGAUUUUUGUUGUUUGUCCUAUUUGCAUGCAUCUUAUUAAUGAAGUAUUAAUAUUCACAGUUACCGAGCUUUAUUAUAUUAUUUUUGUUUGUAUACAGCUUACUAGGUAAAUAAGACAAAACCAAUAGACCUAAAUAUAUUGUUCUUGCUAGAUCUUGCCUUGUAAAACCUAAGCCUCAAUAUUUUCAGUGGGAGAAAAAUUCAUUUUCAUGGUAUGAACAAUCAAUCGUCUAUUAACUCUCAAGUUAUUGUAGUGUUUGUUUUAAAAAUUUUAUUUGAUGAAUUGAAACAAAAUGGCCCAUAUGUUAUUUAUUAUAAUUAAAUAAAAUAAGAAAAUGCAAUUUAUCAUGGAGAACCGUGUAAGACAAAAAUAACCUUUUACACAGUAUAUGACAGGGUCCAUAGUUCCUAAGACAAACCAAACUACAAUACUUAAUUUCCACAAAUUUAAAUAUUGUAGAAGCUAUAUUUGUGCAAUUAAGUUAUUUGUGUCAAAUAUAUAAUAUUUAUGAAUAUGUAUUUGUUAUACACUCGAUUCAAAUGCACUGUAAUUAUAUUCUAUGUAAGUUAUGUAUGGUUUGUUUGUACUAUACUGCCA